AUGCCUGAUCGGAUAUGUAACGAUAUAAAAGUAUUUUAUGAAAUAGAUAAAAAAGGAAAUCAAGUUAAAUCAUGUCAAAGAAGAUAUAGUAAAAUUUUACAUGCACCACUUCGAUUAGCGAAGAACGCACGAAUUAUGAUUACGAAUAAUAUUUGUGUUGCUGAUGGCUUGGCGAAUGGUGUCACAGGACGAAUUGUUGAUUUUAUCGAGAAUAAAUAUAAAGAAAUUGUUCGAAUUGUAAUCAAAUGUGAUUCACCAAGCGCAGGUACUUUGCAUAGGACAAGUUGUCAGCAUUGUCAUAAUCGUGAUACUGUAUGUGUAGAACGAAAUAAUGAGAACGAUGAUAAAUAUGAAAAUAGUUCAACAGAUAGCUCUUCAAAUAAACAAUUGCCUUUAAAACUGAGUCGGGCAAUGACUAUUCACAAAACACAAGGUCUUACAGUUGAUGAAUUGAUUUUGAGCACCAAGGAUCUAUUUGGUUGUGGUAUGGGUUAUACAGGUUUAUAUCGGAACAAAAGAAUUAAAAGUCUCUUUUUGAAAGAUCUUCAUCUUGAAAAGUUCUAUUGUGAUGAGGGUGUGGGUGGGUGA